UGCAAAGAAGAAGCUCUCUGUUUUUCUCCUUCUCUCUCUCCCCCACCUCACUCCUUUCUCUCUCUCUGUUUGUCUCUCUUCUCUACUCACAUUCCCAUAUAACCAGUAAAAAUGAGGGAAUGGAGUUUCAGAGGCCUCACAUUGAUGGUUUUGAUUGCAUCUCUGGUGUGGUCUUCCAAUUUUGAAGCCUGCAUUGCAAGAAGAGGCAAGCAUUGGAGGCAAAACAGAGAUGUGUCUGCUUCUCUGUACAAGAAGAAAGGAAAGAGUCAUGGCAAUAAACAGAACAACCACCAUGGAGGAGGAUCAUCACAUUCUAAACCAAAGCCUCCAUCAUCUCCUCCACAUUAUAAAAUCACUCCAUCUCCAUCAUCUUCACCACCAUCGCCACCAUUUCCUAAGCCAAAGAAAGGUAGUCCUCCUUCAGGUUCACCACCGAAAAGUUACAAUGGGGGUCAUUCUACCACCUUUAAUGUACUAGAUUUUGGAGCUAAGGGCGAUGGAAAAACUGAUGAUACGAAGGCAUUUCAAGCUGCAUGGGCAGCUGCAUGUAAGGUACAGGCAUCAACCAUGCUCAUCCCAGCAGAUUACGUCUUCUUUGUGGGACCCAUUUCCUUCUCUGGUCCAUACUGCAAGCCCAACAUAGUUUUUCAGCUUGAUGGAAAAAUUAUUGCCCCAACGAAUCCCAACGCGUGGGGCAGAGGAUUGUUGCAGUGGUUGGAUUUCACAAAGCUGGUUGGAAUUACCAUUCAAGGAAAGGGAAUCAUUGAUGGAAGAGGCUCAGUCUGGUGGCAAGACCACCCAUUUGCUAAUCCCAUUGAUGAUGAAGAAAAGCUCAUUGUCCCACUAAACAACUCAGUGAAAAGGCCUCCAGUGCCGGCUCAAAGUGAGCUGGGAGGGAAAAUGCCAUUCAUGAAGCCAACUGCGCUACGGUUUUAUGGCAGUUUUAAUCCAACAGUCACAGGCAUAACAAUUCAAAAUAGCCAACAGUUCCAUCUCAAGUUUGAUAAUUGCAAUGGCGUCCUGGUCCAUGAUGUGAGCAUUUCAUCUCCUGGCGACAGCCCCAAUACAGAUGGGAUUCACCUUCAGAAUUCCAAAGAUGUUUUGAUUCACAGCAGCAAAUUAGCUUGUGGGGAUGACUGUAUUUCCAUACAAACUGGAUGCUCAAAUGUAUAUGUGCACAAUGUCAACUGCGGUCCAGGGCAUGGAAUCAGCAUUGGAAGUCUAGGGAAGGAUAACACGAGAGCCUGUGUGUCAAACAUUACUGUCAGAGAUGUCAAUAUGCACAACACAAUGAAUGGUGUCAGGAUCAAAACGUGGCAGGGUGGAUCAGGCUCUGUACAGGGGAUUCUCUUCUCAAAUAUACAAGUUUCUGAAGUUCAACUCCCAAUUGUGAUAGACCAAUAUUAUUGUGAUAAAAGGACAUGCACAAACCAUACAUCAGCCGUGGCCCUUCAAGGAAUCAACUAUGAAAGAAUCAGGGGAACAUACACAGUCAAGCCAGUACAUUUUGCCUGCAGUGAUAGCUUGCCUUGUGCAGAUGUUACUUUAACUUCCAUCGAACUAAAACCACUUCAAGAACAAUACCACCUAUAUGAUCCAUUCUGCUGGCAGACUUUUGGAGAAUUAAGAACUCCAACAACUCCACCAAUUGCUUGUCUACAGAUUGGGAAGCCAUCGAGCAAUCGGGUUCAGAUUGAUCAUGAUUUGUGUUGAUAGCAAGAUCUAAAAUUUCCUUUACAUCAUUAGCCAGUUAGGUGAAGCAUGUAUAUUAUAGAAAGUCCUAUUCUAUAGGAAAUUUUUCUUCAUUAGGGAAAUACGGUUUACCAUGAUGAUAGUUUGAUGGCCCUGCAUUUAGCUAGAGGCCGAGAAUAUUGGGCAUGGCAGCCCUGUACCUGUGGCAUAUUGCCUGAGUGUGAGGUACUACCAUACGCGUGCUUGUAUCAGUUUGUGCAAUAAAAAUUAUCAUUAUCAUCUA